GCGGUCACGCUGUUGGUUCUUCUGUCACGAGCUUUAUCCAAGCCGCGGAGUGGAGGCAGGCGAAUUAGAUCGGACAUCAAUUAUACAGGACAUCGUAUUUACCACAUUUAGUUCGUGAUAAAGAGAGCAGGGCUUUACUUUCGUAUCGCUGGUUGACAAUUCUCAAGACUCCCUACUAAGUUAUUCCGGUCAACCGGUGAUGUAUUCCAGUAUUUGAAUGAUAUUGCUAGCCAGCUAGCUAGCUAGCUGUUAAGCUAGCUUUACGGUGCGUGACUCGAAGUAACUUAACGUUAUACUGUCGGACGUUAUUUUCUUUAACACAUCUGACUGCGUUAAUCGCAGAGACAUCUAAAUAGUGGUGAUUUAACCUAAGUGAAUUAUUACUGUACGUGUUACACGCGUCGCCUGUUAUCCUAGCUAGAAAAGGAUUGAAUGAAAUAACGUUAGCUUGCCAUAGCCAGCGGAAACGAACCAGUUAACAGGGAUAACGUUAACUUAUCCUGCUGCUGGUUGAUCCACUGCCAUCCGGCUGAUCUAGCAAAUGCUAUCAGAGCUAGCCACCCACAAGCAUACAGUGAGUUUGGUAGGUAACACUCAAAAGUUGUAGCCAACGACUGGAACUGCGGAGUAGCUAUCGUCAGCUAACGUUAACGUUACUACUACACGUCAAGUUGGCCAUCUUCCACUCCAGUCCAGUGUGAAAAGCUGACCGACGUAAGUUCAUUUUACGGAUAAGGCCGGAGUGAGGACAGAAACCUGCAAAAAUGCCGGCUGUGUCGAAAGGAGAUGGAAUGCGCGGAUUAGCUGUUUUCAUUUCGGACAUCAGAAAUUGUAAGAGCAAGGAAGCCGAGAUCAAACGGAUCAAUAAAGAGCUGGCCAACAUUCGCUCCAAGUUUAAAGGGGAUAAGGCUCUGGAUGGCUACAGCAAGAAGAAGUAUGUCUGCAAGCUGCUCUUCAUCUUCCUGCUUGGCCAUGACAUUGACUUUGGACACAUGGAGGCAGUCAACCUGCUGAGCUCCAACAAGUACACAGAGAAACAGAUUGGCUACCUGUUCAUCUCAGUGUUGGUAAACAGCAACAGCGAGCUGAUCCGUCUGAUCAACAACGCCAUCAAGAACGACCUUUCCAGCCGCAACCCCACCUUCAUGUGCCUGGCGCUUCACUGUAUCGCGAACGUGGGAAGCCGUGAAAUGGCUGAGGCCUUUGCCAGUGAGAUCCCUCGGAUCCUGGUUGCUGGUGAUACGAUGGACAGUGUGAAACAGUCAGCGGCCCUGUGCCUGCUGCGGCUCUAUAAGACCUCUCCUGACUUGGUGCUGAUGGGUGAGUGGACAUCGCGCGUGGUGCACCUGCUCAACGACCAACACAUGGGUGUGGUGACAGCAGCAAUCUCCCUCAUCACCUGUCUGAGCCAGAAGAAUCCAGAUGAGUUCAAGACCUGUGUUUCCCUGGCCGUUUCCCGACUCAGCAGGAUUGUGUCGUCGGCCUCCACUGACCUACAGGAUUACACCUACUACUUUGUCCCGGCGCCGUGGCUCUCCUGCAAGCUGCUGCGCCUGCUGCAGUGCUACCCUCCACCAGAAGAUGGUGCUGUCAAGGGCCGCCUGGUAGAGUGUCUGGAGACCAUCCUCAAUAAGGCCCAGGAGCCACCCAAGUCCAAGAAGGUGCAGCACUCCAAUGCCAAGAAUGCGAUCUUGUUUGAGGCUAUCUCACUUAUCAUCCACUAUGACAGUGAGCCAAACUUGCUGGUGCGAGCCUGUAACCAACUGGGUCAGUUCCUGCAGCACAGAGAGACUAACCUGCGCUACCUUGCUCUGGAGAGCAUGUGCACUCUGGCCAGCUCUGAGUUUUCCCAUGAAGCAGUCAAGACGCACAUCGAGACCGUCAUCAACGCCCUCAAGACUGAGCGGGACGUGAGUGUUCGACAGAGGGCAGCUGAUCUGCUGUAUGCCAUGUGUGAUCGAAGCAACGCCAAGCAGAUCGUAGCUGAGAUGCUCAGCUACCUUGAGACAGCAGACUAUUCCAUCAGAGAGGAGAUGGUGCUGAAAGUGGCCAUACUUGCAGAAAAGUAUGCUGUGGAUUACUCCUGGUACGUGGACACUAUUCUCAACCUCAUCCGCAUUGCUGGCGACUAUGUCAGCGAGGAGGUGUGGUAUCGCGUCAUUCAGAUCGUCAUCAACCGAGACGAUGUGCAGGGCUACGCCGCCAAGACGGUCUUUGAGGCCUUGCAGGCCCCUGCCUGCCAUGAGAACAUGGUGAAGGUUGGGGGCUACAUCCUGGGAGAGUUUGGUAACCUUAUUGCUGGUGACCCACGCUCCAGCCCCCUGGUCCAGUUCAACCUUCUCCACUCCAAGUUCCAUCUGUGCUCUGUGCCGACUCGUGCCCUGCUGCUGUCAGCCUACAUCAAGUUUAUCAACCUGUUCCCAGAGACCAAGGCCACCAUCCAAGAGGUGCUGCGCUGUGACAGCCAGAUCCGCAACUCGGACGUGGAGUUGCAGCAGCGUGCUGUGGAGUACCUGAAGCUUUCUUCCAUUGCUAGCACUGAUGUCCUGGCCACUGUCCUGGAAGAGAUGCCUCCCUUCCCAGAGAGGGAGUCAUCAAUCCUGGCUAAGCUGAAGAAGAAGAAAGGGCCCGGUGCUGUGUCAGUGACAGAGCUGGAAGAUAGCAAAAGGGAGGGCGGGGAGUUGAAUGGAGGGUCUGACCGAGGCCCAGACACAGCAGCCAUGGCUUCCUCCAACGCUUCCACCCCAUCACCAUCAGCAGACCUCCUCGGAAUUCGUUCUGCUGCUCCCCUCGGUGCUGCUCCGACCACCGCUGGCAGCUUAUUGGUGGAUGUGUUCUCAGAGGCGGGGCCUGCCGCACCCUCUCCUGCUGUGAAUGACGACGGCUUCCUAAGAGAUCUGGAACAGCCCACCGAGACCUCUGAUUCCCUAUUGGUGGAGGGUUCUGGUGACUCGGACUCUGCUCCUCCCUCUGAGGAUCCUGCUCCUCCUCUGUCUGAGGCAGACGAACUUCUCAACAAGUUUGUGUGCAAGAACAACGGAGUUCUGUUUGAGAAUCAGCUUCUACAGAUUGGCAUCAAGUCAGAGUAUCGUCAGAAUUUGGGGAGAAUGUACUUAUUCUACGGGAACAAGACGUCAGUGCAGUUUGCCAGCUUCACUACCACAGUCAGCUGUCCUGGGGAGCUGCAGUCUCAGCUCAACGUUCAGACCAAACAAGUGGAGCCGCUGGUAGAGGGUGGAGCGCAGAUCCAGCAGGUCCUCAACAUCGAGUGUCUGACCGACUUCUCUGACGCCCCGCUGCUCAACAUCAAAUUCAGAUAUGGUGGAGCUCUGCAGAACCUGACACUCAAGCUGCCUGUGACCAUCAACAAGUUCUUCCAGCCAACUGAGAUGUCCUCACAUGACUUCUUCCAGCGCUGGAAACAGCUUAGCCAGCCUCAGCAAGAAGCACAGAAGAUAUUCAAGGCCAACCACAGCAUGGACACCGAAGUACUCAAGGCCAAGCUACUAGGACUAGGAUCGGCCCUGCUGGACAACGUCGAUCCCAACCCAGAGAACUACGUGUGUGCUGGAGUGAUCCAGACCAAGAGCCAGCAGGUUGGCUGUCUGCUUAGACUGGAGCCUAACGCCCAGGCGCAGAUGUACCGUCUGACUCUGCGCUGCAGCAAGGACUCUGUUUCCAGACGUCUCUGCGAGCUGCUGGCCCAACAGUUCUAGAGUCCAGACCUCUACCGUGACCAGUACUCCCACCAUCCCCACCAGCGACCCCUCCCUCGAGCCCUCCUGCCACAUCUCUCCUCCUCCCUCCAACAAAGAAUCUUUGAGUAAAAAAAAGGUGUGACCUACAUAAGGGAAAAAGCAGCCACUGCUAGCAGCAGCGGCGAUAUUAUUGUCAUUAUUCUUGUCCCAGAUUCUGAUUCCAGUUCAUCUUCUACUUGUUUAUUAACAUGAUGCUCUUGUUUUUGUUGGUGUUUACCUGUGUAGCUGGUGUGUGUGUGUGUGGGUGGCCAGAGUGUGUGUGUGUGUGUGGGGGGGGGGGGGGCAGAGUGUGUGUGUGUGUGUGUGUGUGUGCGCGCGCGUCCCAUGGGUGUACUAGGGUCCCAUCUGACUGCUUUGUAAUACUGAUGCUAUGUGUGUGUGCGCGCGCGUGUGUAUGCGCACGAGCACACACGCGGGCAUGCUUGACGUUUCAUUUGAAUUGGUAGAACAGUCUUUGAGGUCAAAUGGGUGAAGCUGUUCACAUGCACUCAACCCCUCCCUACACACACACACACACACACACACACACACACACACACACACACACACACACACACACACACACACACACACACACAGGUAUAAGGCCAUCAUGAUUCCUUGUGGUUAUGGUGGAACCCCCUAAUGAAGUGAGACCUGAGGGUCCAGCAUUCUGAUCUCUGCUGCUUCUGCCCACUCAUUUUCAUCAAGCAUUCCCAGUGGAAAUGCACUUAAGGCGUUGGGAUCCUCUCUGAGACCCUCCGGCGGGGAGCCCUCUUACUCUUCCUCUCCUGUGAGGAGGAGCCCUUCAUUUCAGUGAGCUAGUACACGUUUAUGUUAUUGAUGUGUGUGUGUGUGUGUAAAUAUGUGCCAGUGUAUUACUUUAUUUUAUACAUUCCCAUCGUGCUUGUGUAGAACGCCUGUGAUUAUCUAGCCCAAGCCACCCUAUAUAGGAGAAUAUAUAUAUAUAUGAGGAUGGCAGAGAAUGGACACUACGUAGACGAGGGCACAGGGACAACACUUGCAGUGUAAAAAACAUUUGAGUAAGUCUCAUUCACUGCCCGCCUUGGAGAUGGUUCCAGGUGCUUGCCACUGGAAAAGCCUAGGGAAGGGUCCCUUGUGCUGCUCUUUAUUGGAGGCGUGGAACGUAAUCAGAUGUACACCUGGCAAGCAGACCACAUAGUGCCAGUCAGUGUAGUCUUUUCUCCUGUAAAACUGGAGCAUUCUUUUUGAAAACUCACCUUCUCAGGUGAGAUUGGUGUUUUACUUUAAGCAUGCUCAGCACACUUAGUUUUACAAGAGAGAAGACUUCAGUGACGAGGACUAACUGGGUAUGGCUCCCCACUUCUGAAAAAGAGUAGUGCACAGCUGCGUCCCUGAGCUUUUCAAUGGGAAGCUCUGGGACCGAGGACAAGACAGACCCAAACGGAGGUGACAACAUUUUAGAGCUUUCAUGGCUCCAGAGGAUGCUGGUACUGGCUCGGGUUGCUGCAUCAGUGUCUAUAUGGAGUCCUAUUGGUUUGCACAGCCUUAAGCGUGAUCAGAAAAGGGCACAGAUAGGUGCACCAUGAGCAUCUAAAGGAUAUAACAGUUUUGUAGUCAGACAGCGAUGCAGCUAAAUCCAGCACCAACAUAGGUGUGAGCUAGUUCCAUCCCAGGCUGGACAGGGAGAUCGGUCUGACAUAUGUAUAUGCACAUUCAUAUCCCUGCUUCUGCAGCCAAGCAUUUAUAGAAGAGAUCAACGCCAACAAAUCAGAUGCAGUGCACACAACCACUACAGUAAAUGGUUAGAGAACACUGAGAUGUUCAGCGACCUCACAAUAUUUAGAUCCAUGCUUGCACAGCUUUCUAACUCUUCCCGGGCUUCCUCUCACGCACAAGCACUGAUGUGGGAGAGGACAGGAUGCAAGACACCCAGAUGUCCAUUACAGCUACAGGGGAUAUGUGUGUGAAUGUGAGUGUGGCUGUAAGCAGGUAAGAAAAAGCGAUAAAAAGCCUAAAGACAUUUCUAAUACAUGGUCACAUUACAUUCUGUGGCUGCACGGCAAUCACAGGACAUUGAACUUCGUAGUGGAAAAUUUAGUCAUUCUGUCAUUCUGUGAGUGUGUGUGUAUGUGAGUUUGUGUGUCUGCAGUAUCCACUAGCUAAUGCAGCCUCAUGUAUCGGUGUUAAGAACCUGUCCAAUACCUGUGUUAGAAUUAAGAUUUACUCUGUAAUGAAAAAAUGUGAAAGUAAAACUAUGCCAUAUAUCCGA